AUGCCGCCCACAAUAACCGUCUCGGAUAUUCAUUCCUUAAAGAGGAACGAAGCACUGGAGAUCCUUGCCCAAAUAACACGGAUCGAAAAGAAGACAUUUCCAACCAAUGAGGCUUUCCCUUUCGGAGAGGAGUUGUGGAGAAAAAAGCCCAACACGCGAGUACUAUACGCGACGCAAACCGGCGAAGGCACCAAAAAGGAGCUCAUUGCUUAUGCAGUGUAUGUGCGCCAAAAGGGCAUUGCUCUCCUACACAAGGUCUGUGUGAUAGAGGCCUGUCGCCGGCAGGGUGUCGGGCAGCAACUUAUGUCCUACAUUCAGGAGCGCCUACGGAAGGAGGGCUGCCAGUACAUUCAACUGUGGGUAGAUAAGGCCAGGGAACCUGCCCGGGCACUGUAUGGGAGAUGUGGAUUCAAGGAGCAAGAGGAGAUCCCUGACUAUUAUGCCCCUGGACGGACAGGUAUUCGACUGGUCCUGGAUUUAGAACUGGAUGGAUGA